GCGACUAUAAAUCGACCAUUCGGCACUGUCUCUUCGACACAAAUACACAGUCUCUUUCCCUCUCCCUCUCCUUCCACAUAAGAUCUUUGUGUGGCUUGUUUGUCUCAGCUUUGUUCAUUUCUUUACUAGAAUCUACUCUUUAAUUCUUGUAGCUUGAGGUUCUAAGACAGAGCAGAGCAGCACUCUGUUUUUGCUUCUCUGUUUCGUUCACUUGCUCAUCCUCUGAAGAAUCUGUUAAGAAAGUCCUGACUGAAGAAAACUGAGAAAAAUGACAAACCAAAAUGUGGUAGUGCCUGAAUCAACCAUCAACUUGGCCAUCACAGUUGCUGUGGCGAACUCGUCGAUCUUUUCUACUGCAGCGCAGAAGCCUCCGGCGGCGCCAGGAGGGUAUAUCUCCAUUUCAAGAAAGAAUUUCUUGAAGAACCUUGAAAUCAAUGGUGGAGCUACAAUUAAUGCCUUGGUUGACUCAAUGAGAGCUUCCUCUCCUACCCAUCACAAAUCCACACCUUCUCUUGUUGAUGACCAAACUUCUUGGAUGGAUCAACAUCCAUCCGCCUUGGAGAUGUUUGAGCAAAUAAUUGAUGCUUCAAAGGGGAAGCAAAUAGUGAUGUUUCUGGACUACGAUGGAACUCUGUCUCCGAUUGUGGAAGACCCAGACCGAGCUUUUAUGUCAAAGAAGAUGCGAGCAACAUUGAGAAAGUUAGCAAGGUGUUUUCCAACCGCCAUAGUUAGUGGCAGAUGCAGAGACAAGGUGUAUAAAUUUGUUAGACUGGCUGAGCUCUACUAUGCUGGAAGCCAUGGCAUGGAUAUUAGAGGACCAGUGAAAGGAGGAUCCAAAUACAAGAAAGGUGGUGGAGCUGUUCUCUGUCAACCUGCCAGUGAAUUUCUUCCUAUGAUUGAUGAGGUUUACAAGGAACUUAUAGAGAGAACAAAAUCAACUCCAGGCGCUAAAGUGGAGAACAACAAGUUCUGCUUGUCUGUUCAUUUUCGCUGUGUUGAAGAAAAGAAAUGGGAUGAACUAAUACAGCAGGUUAAAUCAGUAAUUAAGGAGUACCCAAAGCUUCGACUUACACAAGGAAGGAAGGUGUUAGAAAUCCGACCUACCAUCAAAUGGGACAAAGGGAAGGCCCUCGAAUUUUUGUUGGAGUCACUUGGAUUUGCUAAUUGUAGUGAUGUAUUCCCUGUUUACAUUGGAGAUGACAGAACAGAUGAAGAUGCAUUUAAGAUCCUGAGAGAAAGAGGACAAGGUUUUGGGAUUCUAGUGUCCAAAUUUCCAAAGGACACCAAUGCCUCUUAUUCUUUGCAGGAACCCAACGAGGCAAGUACACAAUAUAUACAAUAUAUAUAUGCAUGUCUUUAAUUUACAUUUUUGUAUUAAUUUUUAUUUCUAACAUGUAAUAUUAAUUGUUACAGGUUAUGGACUUUUUGCAGCGAUUGGUGGAGUGGAAACAGAUGUCCUUAGGAGAGGAAGCCAGUGUGUAAAGAAGAGCACUGCUUCUGCAAGUAUUGACAAAUAUAUAUAUAUAUAUACCAAAAUGAUAUAUGUCCAUAAUUUUCCCAUCCAUAAACUUACAUAAUCUAGGUGACAAGCCAAAUUGGCAUAAGCAUGCCACAUGUUUAAGUAAGUUUAUGGAUAUUUAUUUUAUGGAUGUGUAGUACUUCUGAUAUAUAUAUAUAUGUAUAUACAGUUUUUCUCUCCUAAUGGUGUAAUUUGCGGGUAUAAAAUGCGGGUUUCUUUAACAACCAUUGGAUCAAUCUCUGCAUUGCCAUCCUUACCACCACAUGUAGGGAUCAUUCUUGAAACAGACUCCCAAAAUGCUUUCAAAUGGGUCUCACAAAAUCGAGCUAUACCUUGGCAACUUGAACAAUCAAUGAACGCAAUCAGCGUAGCAAAAUUGCAGCUGCAACACCUUGAAGUACAUCAUAUUCGGCGAGAAAGAAAUGACAUGGCUGAUUUGCUAGCGAGAGAAGGAGUUAGGCGCUCAUCUGAUUUUACGUGAGAUGGUUCUAAAAAAAAAAACUGCUGGGCAAAAUAUGUUUUGGAGCGAACUGUGAGUACGUUUUGCCCUGCUGGAUCAACUGUGCUAUGGGUAAUACUUGAAACUUCAAACAUUGCUACAACACUGCGCGUGUAUGUCUCCUAUGUGGUCUAAACACUGGAUGCAUAGGUUGUGGUCGAAAUACUGGGUGAGUGGGUGUGUGUGUUUGUGGGUUAAACACUAGGUGUGUAUGUGUGUGCUGUGUUCUCUCCAAAGGGUGUGUGUGUUGUGGUCCAUACACUGGGUGAGUGUGUUUGUGGUUUAAACACUGGUUUUGUGCAUGUGUGUGCUGUGUUUCCCUCCACUGUGUGUGUUUGUUGUGCUCCUUACUCUGGGAGUGUGUGUUUUGUGGGCUAAACACUGGGUGUGUGUGUUUUCUUUAGUCUAAUCUCUGGGUUUUUCUGUGGAGGUGUCCCGCUUUUGGUGUUCUUUGGUCUUUUCUCUGGGUGUGUGUGUCAUGUGCUUCUUUUCCCUCUUUGAGUCUUGUCUUGGCCUUCCUUUUGACUCUGCUGCUUGCGCCCAGCAAGAGUGGCCUCUUUCGGUUCUUCGUUUUGUUCCUCCCCUUUUUUCUCCCUUUUGGUGCUCCCCUUUUGUUCUUCCUCCUUCUCAUUUUUUCACUGGUGUCUUCUUCUUUAUGCCAUUUUCUUGCGUUUUUGUGUCUUUUCUCGGCUCUUUGUGCUCCUGUUUUAGCACUCUGGUUCCCUUAUCUUGUGAGUGCUCUCUCUUCAAAAUAUCAGAGCAACCUUUAACAAUUAUUUUCAAAUCUUGUAUGGAUAUGCUCUGGAAGGUAGGGUUUUGUCCCCUAUCACUGGAGUUUUUUCCAGCUGAAGAUGAUGCCAGCACGGUUUAGGAUCACAACAAGGUGGUACCAGUACAUGUGAUCCUCAGAUAGAAGAGGUGGAAUGCAAGCACAACCGCACGGACGCACCCUACCUUGAUGAUACAAGAGUUCCAGAACAUAGACCAAUUUUGAAGCUCAUAUACAAAUUGAUGAUACAAGAGUUCUGCUCCAAAACCACAGCAUCCAGCUCAGUUUCAUGUAGUUGUCUCUUUAAAAAUCAGAUUAAGGACUCUCAACUGGUGAAAUCAACGGCAAAUCAGAUGCAUGCCCCAUGCAUCUCCAAGAAGUCUUCAGUUUUAUCUAACCAUUGUCAUCUCCCAACAUCCACAACCUGCUGCUCUCCACCCUCAAUCAUUAAGGAUAUUAAUUAGAUACAUAGCUAUUUUGUAAUUUUGUUACUGGUUCUUGCUUGUUUUUCUCAGGCCAUCUUUUCUGAUGCCUUGUUGUUUUCUUUUGUUUGCUGGUUGAAUAUAUUGUUGUUUAUCAAAAAAAAA